UCUUCUGGUUUCUUUCGAUACACAACACAAGAUCCAAAUCCUUAUCUUCCCACCAUCACACUCUUGUACUCUCCACCAGUCAUUUCUCCUCCUGUAUCCUCUCACAUCCUUCUUUAUUCUACAACGUACACUCUUCAGCUACUUUUCUUUCUUCCAUCUUCUCCGAUCUUCUCUUCCUUCUCUUUCUUUCCUCAUAUCGCUGCACCACUUUCUCCAUGCUUGGCCUAACUUUUGGGGUUUAACUCAGGAUUCUGUUGAAGGGUUUUGAACAGUUUUCCAAAAAAAAAAAGAAAAAAGAAAAAAAAAGUGCCCUUUGCAGCAGUAUCACUUUGUCUUACAUUUUCUUGGAAUUUUUGUCGGUUUAGCACCACGUGCUGUUUUUCUGACACUGUUACCGGUUCUAUAACAACGUUUCUCUAUCUGGGUGUCGCUUGAAUCUUCAAAGAAAUCUCUUUUUCUCUAUGUGUGUGUGUGUGUUAAACAUAUGGGUAUAUUCUGUGUAUCUUGUAUAUUUUGAAGCUUAGCAGAAAGCUUGAGAGAAAGCCCGAGAAGAAAUAGAGAUAUCAAUCAGUGGGAAGAUGAAAAUUCAGUGUGAUGUGUGUGAGAAAGCUCCGGCAACAGUUAUUUGUUGCGCGGAUGAGGCAGCCCUGUGCGCGAGAUGUGAUAUUGAAGUUCAUGCAGCAAAUAAGCUUGCAAGCAAGCACCAGAGGCUUCACCUAGAGUGCCUCUCCAAUAAGCUCCCUAAAUGUGACAUCUGCCAGGAUAAGCCAGCUUUCAUUUUUUGCGUCGAAGACAGAGCCCUCUUUUGUCAGGAUUGUGAUGAACCAAUUCAUUCGGCUGGUAGCCUUUCAGCUAAGCAUCAGCGGUUCCUGGCUACUGGAAUCCGUGUGGCUUUGAACUCCAGUUGUAAGAAGGACACUGAAGAGAGUUGCUUGGAGCCACCCCAUCAGAACUCACAACAGAUUUCGGUGAAAAUGCCCACACAGCAAAAUUCUAGCUUCACAUCUCCUUGGGCUGUUGAUGACUUGCUACAAUUUUCUGAUCUUGAAUCCUCUGACAAGAAAGAGGCACUUGAGUUGGGGGAGUUUGAAUGGUUAGCAGACAUGGGUCUUUUUGGUGAGCAAAUUCCUCAGGAGGCCUUGGCAGCAGCAGAAGUUCCUCAGCUUCCAGUGUCGCAGUCAAGCAAUUUUACCUCCUACAGACCCACUAAAUCCAGCAUGCCCUACAAGAAGCCUAGACUCGAAUUCCCAGAAGAUGAUGAUGAGCAUUUCACAGUUCCUGAUCUUGGCUAAAAGUCCUACAAUAAGAGUUGAAAUGUUGAUGAAUUAUAUAUAUAUAUAUAUCAUACUCCAUAAAUACAUGUAUGUAUUUAUGUAUGUGUAUGUAUAUACCUGCUACAAUUUUUGUUUUUUCCUUCUUUUAGGAUAACUGUGUUUGCAAUCAGUUGAUAAUGCAUUUUAGCAGUUGCUUGAUCUUGGGCUAGCUCAAAUGUUUAGUUUAGGGGAUUUACAUCUCGACUCUCAAUAUGUAAUUUUAGUAUUUUAAAUUCUGAGAUAUGCAUACGGUGAUCUUGGGCUUUAAUA